UGUGAAUUAAUUGUGAUUUUGUCAUUUUGCAGCGGAAAGGAACACAUAAACCCACAAGAGCUCCAUUUGAUAUUAUAAGAUGGUCUUGAGUAGCGACAAAAGUAAUAAACCAAACAUGAUACAAUAUAUUUAUACACAAACUUAAAAGAAGCAAACUAAUAAUACAAUGCAAUUAAGCACCAUAUAAACUAUAGCCGGCAAGUUUGAAUUUUUGGAUUAAUUGUCCUAGAUAUAGCUGUUAACAGUUUCUAACACAUGAGGUUCCCAAAAUCUCCAAAGAACAAACAAAGCAUCAAAUCAUAAAGAAAGAAAAUUUCUUAAUAUGAUUGUCCUUAGCUAUAUAUAGCAUUUGCCUCUUUUUAUGAACACUAGCACAUAUGCAUGCUAAGCAGCAAGAAUAUGGUAAAAUUUGUAGGCCUCACUUUGGUGCCCUUCACUUUCUUCUUUUUGGCAUUCCUUAGUUCAACUCAUGCCAGUCAGGCCACAAACCUUCGCAGGUUCAUCAAGUCCAGAAGAUCACAGAACCCCGCUGUUUCAGAUUCUUGGGCAGAAUUACAUGCCACAGAAGAGUACUCUGCCGUGUACAUUGGUCCCCAAGAUGGGUUGAUGCAAGCUGACAAGAUUGACGCUUUGCCGGGGCAACCAGAUGGCGUAGAUUUUGAUCAGUAUGCAGGGUAUGUCACAGUUGAUCCACAGGCUGGCAGAGCACUGUUCUAUUACUUUGUUGAGUCCCCACAAAAUUCUUCUACCAAUCCUUUGGUUCUAUGGCUAAAUGGAGGACCAGGAUGUUCCUCUUUAGGGGCUGGAGCCAUGAAGGAAUUGGGGCCUUUCAGAGUCAAUUCUGAUAACAAAACUCUCUAUCAAAAUAAAUAUGCAUGGAACAAUGUGGCAAAUGUGCUUUUCUUGGAGUCUCCGGCUGGGGUAGGUUUUUCAUAUUCAAAUACGUCUUCUGAUUAUGAUCACACUGGUGACAGGAGUGCUGCCAAAGAUGCCUACACCUUUCUCAUCAACUGGCUGGAGAGGUUUCCACAGUAUAAAACUCGCGUCUUUUACAUAACCGGAGAAAGCUACGCCGGUCAUUAUGUGCCUCAGCUCGCAUACACCAUUCUGCAAAAUAACAGGAAUGCUAAAACCAUCAUUAACCUCAAAGGCAUUGCUAUAGGAAAUGCAGUGAUCAACUAUGCUACAGAUUCCAAGGGGUCCUAUGAUUAUGUAUGGACUCAUGCCUUAAACUUGGAUGAAACAUAUGAAGACAUCAACACAUUUUGUGAUUUUUGGAAUGAAACUUCAUCUGCAAAGUGUGACAGCCUCAUAGAAAAGUCAGAUGAAGAGAGGGGUGAUAUAGAUUAUUACAACAUCUAUGCUCCACUCUGCGACAAACCCAUGCUAAAAAAUGGCUCUGUCAACGAUUUUGAUCCGUGCUCAUCCAUGUAUGUGGACUCAUAUUUUAACACUGCAGAGGUGCAAAAGGCUCUCCAUGCAAAUCCUACAAGUUGGAGAGAAUGCAGAGAUUAUAAUUGGACUGACAGCCCUAGAACCAUUCUACCCAUCAUCAAGGAUUUCAUUAUACAUGGAAUAAGAGUCUGGAAAUACAGUGGUGACAUAGAUGCAAUUGUUCCAGUUACAUCGUCUAGGUACUCAAUAAGCACACUCAAGCUUCCAAUCCAGACGGCAUGGCGUCCAUGGUACACCAAUAAUGAGGAGGAACUGGCUCAAUAUGAGCCUCUCAAUGAAUUUCCUCCCGAGGUAGCCUCUCUUCUUGUCAAGCGUCUUGAUCGUCAGCAUACCUAUCAGUUUUUUAUGGGAUUACGCCCAGAAUUUGAACCACUUAAGUCUUAG